UCUCUACCCCCUAACCCCAUCUCAUACCUCUCUUUUCCUCCCUCCCUUUCUUUCCCUGUUCCCCAGCUGUUCUCCAGUGUAUCAGAGGUCCACGGUUCAGGUUCUGACCCAGUUCAGUGCUCAGGGGGGCCAGGGGCAGCUGACCUACCUGCUGGGCUCCUCUGAUUGGUUUGUGGAUGCCACAGAGUUGGUCCGUAAUUGGCUGAGGGUAGAGAAUCCACGCGUGGCGGUCCUCGACAAGCAGAGCAAUCUGAUUGGUCUACACCCGGGGAAAACUUCAGUUCGUGUCAUAUCAAGCCAAUGGGACGGUGUGCUGGGUAGCUGUGAUGUCACUGUGACCUCUGAACCCGUGAACCCUGGUGACCUCUCAGUGCAGGUUGUGGGAGGACUCGGUAUGUCAAUCAAAGCAAGCCCUGCCCACCCUGCUGUUGUCACAGCAACAGUGACCGCAUACAACAUUCUCUACAACCAUGGGCAGGAAGCGUCCAUCAGUGUCUGGCUCCAGUUCAGUGAUGAUAGCGCCACUUUGCUCUCCGCCUUCAGCCGUGGUACCUUCUCCCUGCGCAUCUCCUCAUUGGCAGAGACCGUGGUCACCGUGACGCCCGGCCCGUCGCUGCGCAUCGUAGCCCAGGGCGAAGGGGGCGGGCCUUUACUGAAAGCAGAACUCCUGGUCACCACCUGCAAGCCAAUGGCGAACUCCGUCGAUGGGGACCUGGCCAAUCCGAAGGAAGGAAGCGGGACCAGGAGGCUGGCUAAAGGAUCUGGUUGGAUCAGGGUGAACCUGGACUCUGACCUUCGUCCAAUGGGGAGCGAGGAGGCGAACUUGGAGCAGCUCAACAUUUCGGACAUGUUGAUGGAGUCAUCUGACAGGGAUGUUCAGUACAGCAACUUCCCGGACAAUGACAUCAUCAUAGGGAACGUCACUGCCGUCAGCGGCGACGACUACUACGACAAGGCCGGCGAUGGGAUGAUCGCCAGGAACGACCUGGAGAGAGCGGUGUUGACCCCGAAUCACGAAGAGAGCGCGGUGUACUUCUCUCCCGGGGUGGAGCGAGAGAGGGAGGAGAAACUGGAGGAUAAAGAGAUGGAGGUGGGUUUCGGGGCAGUUCUCUCCCUCCUCUGCCUCGCCGCACUCCUCUUCCUGGUGAAUUGUCUGCCCUGCGCUUUGAGGGAGAGGAGGAAGAGGAAGGACAUGAACGUGGAGGGGGUGGAGGGAGUGGUGGAGGAAGAGUGGGAAGAAGGAGAAGAGAAGGAGGAGGAGGAGGCAAAGGAGGUUGCAGAAAAGAACGAGAAAAUAACAUCAUACCCCAGGGUAAUAUCACUUCAUGAGACUACUACAGACGAGAACGAGAAAAUAACAUCAUACCCCAGGGUAAUAUCACUUCAUGAGACUACUACAGACGAGAACGAGAAAAUAACAUCAUACCCCAGGGUAAUAUCACUUCAUGAGACUACUACAGACGAGAACGAGAAAAUAACAUCAUACCCCAGGGUAAUAUCACUUCAUGAGACUACUACAGACGAGAACGAGAAAAUAACAUCAUACCCCAGGGUAAUAUCACUUCAUGAGACUACUACAGACGAGAACGAGAAAAUAACAUCAUACCCCAGGGUAAUAUCACUUCAUGAGACUACUACAGACGAGAACGAGAAAAUAACAUCAUACCCCAGGGUAAUAUCACUUCAUGAGACUACUACAGACGAGAACGAGAAAAUAACAUCAUACCCCAGGGUAAUAUCACUUCAUGAGACUACUACAGAUGAGAACGAGGGGCAGUCAGAUCAAAGCAUGGACCAUUAAGGCUUCAUCUGAAUAGGCACCCUAAUCCCUUUUAAGGGCCCUGGUCAAAAGUAGUGUAGUAUGUAGGGAAUACGGUGCCCUUUUAUUCAGGAGAGAAAGGUUGUUGAUAAAAAUCAACAUUCUUAGGACAAUUGACUAGAUAUUCCUGUCACUGUGUCACCAACAAUGUAUCUUAAUGUCUUACAAGGUCGUCUUCGUAUAGGCUAGUCUUUUUCUCAGUUGUUUCUUUCUGAAUGUUUGUCUAUCACACAUACACACUAACUAUCCAUCAAAUAUGUGUGCAGAAACGAUGCACUUACACGACUGUACAUAUCUGUCAUAUUUCUUCUAUUGGUAUUAUUUCACAUUCAUCCAUGUACAAUUUGCCGUCAUAUCUUUUCGAUUAUAGGACUCAAUGCAAUCCGUAUCCGCUGAAGUUCACCGCUAUAUUACAAUUGAAUUUUAAAGGCAAUGUUCGCAGAGACUGAAUUCACUCACGGUAAACGCUGAAUAUGUCGGCUCAAUUGGAACUGACCUUUACAUUUCGAUCACGCUGUAGCGCUGAACUUCGGUGAUGUGGAUUGAAUCAAGACCUUAGGCCUAUUGACGGAAUAGUAUAGGGGUUGAAAAAUCCUGGUAAUUUUCCCAUAAUUCCCUGCCGAGCUGACUCCCAGUUGGACGAUUCCCACAUGGUUAUUCCCUCUUGAUUCCAGAGAUUCUCCAACUGGGAUUGUUGUAAGAACUGUGAAUUUAGGGCAAGUUACCGUGAUUUGCAACCCUAGUCCUGCACAUUCUAGUCUUCUGGUUGAUCUCCUAAUCAACCAAGCGGAAAACCCACUUGUAAAUAGACAUUAUAGAAUAACUCAUGUGAAACAUGUUAUUCUCCUGCUUGGCAAAGGUUGUCAACGAAUUGAAAAUGAUUUCCUAACAAUUUAAAUAUUUAUUUUUGUAUUUGAUUUAGUGAUAAUUAGGAAUAAGUUUGAUUACUUGAUCAACUUUUUAAUGUUUUUUUUUUUUAAUCUGGUCUAAUUUAUCAGUCAAUCUGUCCAGAGUUUGUGUUUGUAUACUGAUGUGAUUGUGCCUAGAGAUAUUUUGUCUGAUCUGACCAGACCUCCAGCUCUGUGUCUGGAGGAGAGCGGUCUGGCCCAUAUGGCUGGCCAAGAGCUGUCAUGUAUCCCGCUACCUCCAAUUGAUGCUGAAUGACACAGAGCACUCGGUUUCCUGGCAGUCUUCUCCAGCUAGUUCGACCCCCAUGCCUGUUGUCUGCCUCAAGCUUCAGUCUCCAGGUGUUUCUUGGACUAUGGUCCUGACCAGUAGAGGUCACAAACAACAGUGCUAUUUCCCACUCCCAUGUUGCCACCUAGUGUGAAUUAAGGAGUGGCUCAAAAGGCUUUCACCUCAUAUGCGUGGAGUUGAGCCUGUGGUUGUGUUGACACUCAUGAUUGAUGGACUGUGACAACUAAUGAGGGUUUCAUAUUUGAGGUUCCCCUUCCUGUGAACACCAGUGGUGAUGGGGGGGGGGGGAAACUUCUGGAAAGAGUAGAAACUUAGACACUUUUUUUAAACACUACUUUUUCCUUGGGUUUCCCUUCAUAACCGCUGCUGGGGACUGUUCUGGAACCACAGGGGGAAUCCCAGGAUUUAACCGCCCCCGCUUAUUCCAUGCUUUCAGCCGACGCACCAAUCCCCAAUCUCUGUUUUGUUUUAACACCCCCUCCCCACUUUCCUCAGGCGGCCAGCGCCCCCACUCUGAACCCACUCCAUGCCGGCAUACUAUCAGUGUUGGGAAAAGUACUCAAUUGUCAUACUUGAGUAAAAGUAAAGAUACCUUAAUAGAAAAUGACUCGAGUAAAAGUCACCCAGUAAAUUACUACUUGAGUAAAAGUCUAAAAGUAUUUGGUUUUUAAAUAUUCUUAAGUGCCAAAACUAUCAAUGAGAUCAAAUUCCUUAUAUUAAAUGUUGUGGAAAUUCAACACAGGGACACUCAAAGUCAAUAUUAAAUAAAUCACUCUUUAAUUGUCAGCAAGCUGGAGAGGUCACAGUCAAACUUAUAUGCACUUUAAAAUCGAAUUAGUAACUGAUCCAAGCACAGGCAGGGACCAAGCAUUAUUUAUGACAAAAAUAUGAACAUUUUAGACUUUUACUCAAGUAUCAAAAGUAAAAGCAUAUAUUUUUUACAUUAGUGGAUAGCCAGGGGCACGCUCCAACACUCAGACAUCAUUUACAAACGAAGUAUGUGUUUAGUGAGUCCGCCAGAUCAGAGGCAGUAGGGGUGACCAGGGAUGUUCUCUUGAUAAGUGUGUGAACUGGACCAUUUUCCUGUCCUGCUAAGCGUUCAAAAUGUAACGAGUACUUUUGGGUGUCAGGGAAAAUGUAGAGUAAAAAAAGUACAUCAUUUUCCUUUAGGAAUGUAAAUAGUAAAAGUACAGAUACUCAACAAACAAAAAACACUCAAGUAUUUGGACUGAAGUACUUUACACCGCUGCAUAUACUACCUCAUUAGUGGCACCAGAAGGACCCUUUAAGCCACUCCAGAGCUCUAAUAUCAAGUGUUUGACCCUCAUCAGACUUGCCAGUCUUAACUUUGCACGAGUGAGGCUUUGAAACGCCAUUGUCAGUUUGGAACAUGUAUCAUAUUUUUGUUGAGUGUAUUCAUUUAUCUAGGUGUAUUGCGCUAGUGUUUAAGAUGGGAAUGCAGUAGUUGAAACCUCACAUUCCUGUAGCCACUAAAGAAAUAGGAUGGUCAAUUUGCCAUGGGCUUGAUGUGACUGACUGCUCGGGGAUUGAGUUCGCCACACCAGUCUGGCAAAAGCUCAUGUCAUAACAGUACAUGAUCAAUAUCAUAGAUCAGAGUUAUAUUUUUCUUAUAAAACUCACUGGAAAUGUUGGGAGCUUGUAGAUUGUGAUUCUGGACAGGACAUCUCUUUGAAACAAUUCAGUCUAUAGCCUGUACCCACAUGUUAGGUAGGCUGUAUGCCUUUAGGCCAGGAUCCCCCAACGGGUGCCCUAAACUAUUGCCCGUGCAUGGUUUUAUUUGGCCCCCCAAGUUUUCUGGGCAAAAAGAGAUUUUCAUUUUGAAAAUCUGUUUCCAAGUAUUCCCACCCAUAAUAGAGAUGUGAUAUCGUAUACAAAAUGUAAGCAAUGUUGGAAAUGAUUAUGUUUUGGGCUUCUUGCGGUCAAUUUGCAGUCUAGAAAUUGUAUGGAAUUUUUUUUCUUCCCGCGGCUGAAUGUAGUUGAUGAUCCUGCUUUAGACCCCCGAACCCCCUUAAUAAAAAGUCAACCAUGAAGCACUGCAUUUAUUGAUAUAGUGAUAUAGUACGACAUGCUGAGU